AACAACAAAUUCGAAUCAAUUUCGAACCAAAAAUCAGAAAUUCGAGCUCUAGAAAUGAAGUAUUGGGGUGGAAGAAGAAAAAGAGGUGUUUGUUUGGCUUCUUCAUCUCAGAAUUCAAGUAAUGAUGUUGCACGAAAAAGGUACUGUGAGAACUUCAUUAGAGUUAUCUGAGGAGGAAUGGAAUAAUAACUUCAAAACUAAUUUGACUAGGGCAUGGUUGGUUUCAAAAGCUGUAUGCAUACGCAUGCGUGAUGCUAAGAUAGAAGGAUCAGUCAUCAAUAUAUCUUCAAUUGCUAGUCUGAACAAAGGCCAGCUACUUGGAUCCUCAGCCUAUUCUGCAUCAAAGGCAGGCCUGAAUACACUGACUAAGAUGAUGGCCCUGGAACUCGGCAUGUAUAAGAUUCGAGUUAAUUCCAUAUCUCCUAGACUAUUCAGGUCUGAGAUCACCGAGAAUCUGAUGGAAAAGGACUGGCUUAACAAGGUUGCUGUGAAUACUGUACCUCUACGAACAUUUGGAACAUCUGAUCCAGACUUAACAUCUCUUGUCCGAUACUUGCUCUUCGACUCCUCAGAAUAUGUAACAUGCAACUUUUUCAUCGUCGAUGCUGGUGCCACUCUACCCGGUGUCCCUAUUUUCUCUUCCCUCUAGAUAUGGACCUUAUGAAGAUGGAUUGCUACAAUUUCAUCCUUUGUUUUAGAGAAGCUAACACGGCAGGAACCUCAUGGAAGCGCAAAACAUGGCAUCAGCAUUCAGCACACCUCCUUAAUUAACCUUGUUGGUGUGGUUUGAUUGAUGUUAACUUUGCCUAAUUUCCUCUAUUAUCGGAAAGGCUGUUUUAGGUUAAUCUUUUCCUAUCUGGUUUGCUAUGGUCUGUCUUAUAACUUGAAACUAUCUUAUAAUAUUUCUUACUAUUGUUCAUCUGGCUUUAGGUUAGAGAAUCGUCUCUCAAAGCAUAAUAAGUUUCUGCAUCAUAUGCGAGUUGAACAUAAGGAUCUAGUGUCACCCAUGAUCAUUUCUGGAAAUCAGUUUACAAUGAUCAGUCAACACCAAGUAGCUACAAGGGAAUACUUGGAAGCACAUAAACAAAUGCCAAAUUCCCCACUGACCAAUCUCUAUGUCGGGACUGCCUUAAUCAAUUUAGCCCUUAGACAUAGACUUCAAAACAAGCAUCAGUGUGUUGCACAAGGCUUAGCUUUCCUUUACAACAAUCUGCGACUUUGUGAAAAUAGCCAGGAAGCCUUGUAUAAUAUAGCUCGUGCAUUCCACCACGCAGGACUUCUCACAUUUCAGGAAGUCUUUUUGGGCUGCUGUUUUUUGUUUUGUUCUCCGUAGUUUUGGCUUUGUGUUAGGUGUUGUCCCGGUCCCUGUUUUAAGUGUAAUGCAAGAAAGGUCGAUCAGAGAUAAGUCUGGAUUAUUUAUUUUUUUUGGACGAAAAUUGUAAUAUUACAGGCUUUAUAGCCUUUUUUAAUGAAAAUAUGUAAGUU